AUGUCAUUAUGUCAAUUUGUCAGCCAGAUGGGAAGAGAUUGGAAAUAUGAUCGCGUCCAGAUGAAAGACGAGGAGCGUUUGGGCAGCCCCGGUCGAUAUGGCUCUGACGAUAAUUUAUCGGACGAACAGCAGCAGGAAGGACAAGAACAACAACAGCAGCAGCAACCACACUGUCUGCACUUGAGCUGCGUGGUGUCCAAGGGGAGCCAAGACUUGGACUUGGACUUGGACUUGGACUUGGACCUGAAUCUGGCUUGCGCUUUGGAUGUAAACACAUAUGAGACUUUUAAAUUAUCGCUUCAGUUUAUCAUUCUUUGGUUCCUGGCGAAUUUAGUCACCAAUGCAUCCUUAUCCUACACGUCAGUCGCGUCGCAAACCAUAUUGUCAUCCACCUCGUCAUUCUUCACCUUGAUCAUCGGGUACUUGGUUUCAGUGGAACAGAUCAACAAGAACAAAGUGGCCGGGAUCUUGCUCAGUUUUGCCGGCGUGUUGAUUGUGACCAAAGUCGACACCGCCCUGGACAAUCCAAACAAUGGGCCUGCAACAUCAACGUUUCUCAUCUUUAUUGGCAAUCUGCUUGCGUUGGUGGGCGCACUCAUCUAUGGAGUAUACACCAUUCUCCUCAAGCUCAAGAUCUCCACCCCCAACUCGCACAAGGAGAGAAACCUCAAUACCCAUUUGUUCUUUGGAUACGUCGGGUUGAUCUGUUUACUUGGCUUGUGGCCCAUUCUCGUGAUUUUGCACAUUACGGGAGUAGAGAAAUUCGAAUUACCUCAAUCUUCACUCAUGACGGAGAUUUUAAUCACCAAUGCAGCCAUAACUUUCAUCAGUGACUUUUGUUGGUGCAACGCCGUUUUGUUGACCAGCCCUUUGACCGUCACCGUGGGUUUAUCCAUGACCAUCCCCUUGGCCAUGGUGGGAGAUUGGAUAUUCAAAAAGUUUCAGUUGAAUCUUCUCUAUAUAUUUGGUGCUCUUAUCGUCACCACGGGGUUCUUGAUCAUCAACAAGGAUGAAGAAGAAGAUUUCGUGGUGCUGGAAUGA